GCCCCCUUCGCGGCUCCCUCGGCGCUCGGUCCGGUGCCGGCGCUCGGCCGCCGUCCUGCGGCGCGGCGGAGCUGCCGCCAUGGAGCGGGAGCGUGCGGGCGGCGCGACGAAGUUGCUGGCGGCGGCGCAGGCGCAGCUGGCGGGGCGGCGGCUGGCGGCAGCGGAGGAGCUGUACAGCCGCUUCAUCGCCUACGGCGCGGGGCCUGGGUACGUGCCGGGGCGGAGGCUGUGGGUGUGUGGAACGGGGACCGUCUGUCGUAAUGGCUGCUCUCUGUCCCCGCGCAGCGCCGACCACCACCUCGCCACCGCCCUCAACGACCGGGGCCACAUCAAGUACUUACGAGUAGAGUUCGCCGCCGCCAUGGAGGACUACACGGCCGCCAUCGAGUGCCAGCCCGGCUUCGAGGUGCCCUACUACAACCGCGGCCUGGUGCUCUACCGGCUGGGAUGCUUUGAUGACGCCAUGAAAGAUUUCAGGAAAGUAUUAGAGUUAAACCCCCAGUUUGAAGAUGCUGCACUGGGUCUAAAGCAGGCUAUUCUUGAUAAAGAAGAAAAACAAAAGCGGGGUUAUUGAAAAUUCGGCUACUGGUGUGCAAAAACGUGGGAUUCUUGACAUCGAUGGAUGAAGCACAGGAUCAUUUGCAUCUGUUACGGCCUGCUAAAGAAACCCUGUUUGGGGUAAAUAAGUUAAAAAUGGAUUAUGGUUGCAAAGUGAACUAUUUUUGUAUAUUCUUAGUGUUGAGGAAAAGCAUAAUGUUAGAUCUCCGUGAGACACUUGUAGAGAUUUUUGUACAGAAGUAGUUUAUAAACACACUGGAAGCCUACUGACAGCAGAUGAAGUCUGUAGUUCUCUUGUUAUAACUGUUUCUGUACUCUCAUAGAUUGUUUUGAACAGCCUUUCAUAGGGAAGAAAAAUCACUAAAACAUGUAAGUACUUAAGAUUGGAGCUUGUGAGAAGUACAGUGAUUUAAUAAUGAUAGUGUUUGUCCAUGUUCAGAUGUAAAUUUAAGCUAAAUAUGCAGUUAGUUACAAGGUGGUGUACUGGAGAUGUUGCAGUAACUGAUUUCAGAGUGUUUCUGUAUUAAAAAACACUUAACAGAAACACUGAGAUUUCUUUAGGAAACACCAUCUGUACCUGGCAUGGGGAAUGUGGCACAAGCAUUCAGUCCUCUGUAAGUUGAUUCACCCGUUGAGGUGGUUUUAAAUUACCUGAACAGGCAGGAUCUAAUUUUUUUAAUCCUGUUGUAAAAAUAUUGGACAGAGUAAUAAUUGAAUGAAUAAAAAUGAACACAUAAUUUUAAUCUCA